AUGCGUGGAGAGUGCAGACCAAGUCCUAUUGGUAUACGUCUUCGUUCAGGCACUUUACUAAAAGACUUAAGUCGAGCAGUGAAUACUCCACUUCCUCCUAGUUCUACACCAAGUGAAUUCUCGGACUCGGACAAAGAGGAAGACAACACAAUGGGAGGUCCACCACCUGCUCCAAGAACACUCAAGGAGCUCACUUCUCCGAACAUUGGCAUGCAGUCUUUAUGUAUUCAGCUGAAUGGAACUAUUGAGUUAAAGCUGCAAUUGAUUCACUUGCUGCCCAAAUUUAGAGGUUUAUCGGGAGAUGAUCCUAAUCUUCACUUACAACAAUUCCAUCAUGUUGUGACUAUUUUGAAGCAAGCAACUACAGAUGCCAAUAUGGCUAUGAUGACAGCUUUUCUUUUCUCCCUUAUAGAUGCUGCAGGAGAAUGGUUCUUUUGCUUACCCUCUGGAAGUAUAACCACAUGGAAUGGAAUGAAAAAGUUGUUCCUUGAGAAGUAUUUUCCAGCAUCAAAAGCAGCAGUGAUUCACAAGGAGAUUUGCGGUAUCAGUCAAGUAUCGGGGGAGACUCUCUAUGAGUAUUGGGAGCGCUACAAGAAGAUUUUAGCUAGCUGUCCACACCACCAAAUCAGCGAUCAACUUGUGAUUCAAUAUUUCUAUGAGGGGUUGCUUUCUAAUGAUAGAAAUUUGAUCGAUGCCGCAAGUGGUGGUGCACUCACCAACAAAAUUAUUGUUGAAGCUACAAGCUUGUUAGAAAACAUGGCUGCAAACACUCAACAAUUCUACACUCGAGGUGAAUCAGUGGUAAGGAAAGUGAAUGAAGUUGGUGAUUCUUCACAUAUGAAACAUAGAAUGGGUAACAUGGAGAGGAUGAUGCAACAAAUAGCAGUUGUCGCCAUACCAUCAUCAUACAACAAAGAUGUUGAGCAAGCAAGUGCCAUGUACCAAAAUCAGCAAAGGCCAAGAUAUGAUCCAUACUCUAGCACAUACAAUCCGGGUUGGCGAGAUCAUCCCAAUUUCAGCUACGCGAACAAGCAAGUGAAAGUUUCCAAUCCUCCUUUUAAUCAACAAGGUGGGUACCAAUUCUUGCAAAAUCCACGUCAAGAAACUCAAGGCACGAGUAUAGAUGACAAGUUUAAUCUCAUUCUCAACACAAUGUCGCAAGAUAAGCAAAAGUCAGAGAUGGAUAUGAAGGACAUCCAAACACAAAUAGGUCAACUAGAUACUACUGUAAGCAAAUUGGAAGCACAAGCAGCUGGAAAACUUCCUUCGCAACCAUUAAAUCAUAAGGAGAAUGCCAAUGCUAUUGAUCUACGAAGUGGGAAGCAAGUAGAGAAACCGACAACAUCACCGGUGUCCCAUGAACCUGAUUUGGAGAAAGAAGAUGGUGAAACAGCCCCUAAAAAGGCUGACCCGGUAACAAAUUCUAACUCUAAAACUCGUGUUUCUGCUUAUGCUCCUCCUCCUCCUUUUCCUAGCAGGCUUGCAAAGUCGAACAAGGAGACAUUGUACCAAGAGAUUUGGGGGAUCUUUAAGAAGAUUUAA